AUGAGCGCUGGAACUAGUUGGGGAAACUCGACAGGCUUUGGUGCCAAUACUUCGAAUUCUGGUGGUGCGCAACCAAUUUCAGGUGGACUCUUUGGAAACUCCUCCUCUGCAUUUCCAACCUUUGGCGCCAAAUCACAGGGAGCAUCUCUACCAGCAAAUACACAACAGAAUGCCAAUACUGGCUUGUUUGGGAACUCUUCGAAUAAUGCACUGACAACAUUGCCCGGUCUGACCUCUUCUGGCUUAUUUGGCUCCUCGGCGAAUAAUACUAGCAACAAUGGUGGUUUGUUUGGCAAUACGGGAUCUAAGCCUACAGGAGGGUUAUUUGGGAACACAAAUUCAUCGUCUGCUGCGGCAGGUGGUGGUUUGUUUGGGAACACGAAUUCGUCUUCUUCCACAACAGGCGGUGGUUUGUUUGGAACAAGUGCCUCGAAUCCAACUUCCAACACAGGAACUUCAAAUACCUCAGGUGGCUUAUUUGGCAACAGUAACAAGCCAGCAACCGGUGGCUUGUUUGGAAGCUCCAACUCUACUGCAAAUACUGGCGGUUUAUUUGGUCACCCUAAUACUACUGCCACUGGCAACUCGAACUCUACUGCGGCAGGAGGAUUAUUUGGAAACUCUAAUUCUACGGCAACUACAGGAGGACUUUUUGGAGCUUCCACGAACCCGUUGAAUAAACCUUCGACGGGCGGAUUGUUUGGCUCUUCUAAUACUGGUGGCAUGUUCGGUGCAUCUGGUAAUACAGGAGGAUUAUUUGGUGCAUCCAAUACUUCAAACACAAACGCCCAAGGCCCAAACAUCGCAUCUACAGCAUAUACCCCAAACCCCUACAGUUCUGACUCCAUUCUUUCCUCGAUCAAUGCUACUGAGAAUAAUAUGCCAUUGUCCAUCACAGGGUCGUUGUUCGCAAAGCCUUCGUCGAUACAACACAGGCAAAGUGCACUGCAGCCUCCAAAGAAAACCUAUCAACUGUCAUUGCUCAAAAGAUUGGCACAGACAUUUAAGAUUUUUCGGUCAACUCCAGACUCUUCAAUUGAAGACUUGGGUAAAUCUCACUUGAAGGGGAUUUUCACUCAACAGAACUUUGUUGGGGGUUAUUCGAAUAGCAACGUCGAUACUUCUUCGUACAGCGUUUCUAAGAAUCACAAGAAAACCUCUACUCUUCCUGUGGCCAAUGUCAGUGUUGGAGAUGUCAAGAAACUUGUCAUCAAAUCCAAGCCCCUCAAGUUCCAUUUAAUCAACGCAGACAAAGUUUUCAAUGCCAAGAAGAGAUGUAUACUUGUUCUGUCGAUAAACGGGGGUCUUACUACACAUCAGAAUCCCGAGGAAAGUGACUUAGAAGACACAGAAUUUGUAGAAGAAGAACAUAGAAAGGUGGCCAAAAAUGUCUCUAAGAUUCAAGUUGAAGCCGAAGAAGCCGAGAAGUCGGAACUGGAUGAUAUGGAUACUAACAAUGGCUAUUGGUGUUCCCCCUCUCUUGCUUACCUCAGCAAGCUUUCUCCUAGUGAAUUAUCUCACGUUGAGAACUUUAUUGUGGGAAGACUUAAUGUUGGUCAAAUUGCAUACAACUUUCCUGUGGAUUUGGCGGGGUUAUUUGCUCUGUGCGCUGAGAGAGAUGUUCCAGUUUCUCAAGAACUAUUUGGAAAGAUUAUCAAAAUUGAUGGCUCUAUCGUGAAGGUCUACUCCGAGGAAGAAGAAAUGAACUGUAAACCAGGGAUAGGUUUUGAACUUAAUGUUCCUGCUACAAUUACCAUAAAAGCUCCUCCUAAGAAGAACAUUUCUGAUCAAGAUCACAUCAGGCGCUUGCAAAACCUCACAGGAAUGGAAUUUGUCACAUAUAACCCACUAACACAUUAUUGGACUUUCAAAGUCAAGCAUUUCAGUAUUUGGGGCUUGAUUGAUGAUGGUGAGGAUGAUGAUAUGGUAACAGAUGAUGCCAAAAAGUUGCUUGCUCUCAAGAAAAAACAGGACGAUCAAGAGCCUGAAGCAUCGGCAACCUAUUCCCAAAUCUACGAGAAUGAAGCGUACCAAAGAGAGUUAAAGAGACAAAGAAUUGGUAAUUAUACGUCCGGACUUCCUGGAGCAUGGGACCAUACAGCAAAUCUGGUGGCAGGAGGUCUGCUUGGUGUUAAGCAGGAAUUGGUACAGAAUGAAAUCGAUCGUGAGCUUCGCGAGUACAAACAAGACAAAUCUACAGAUGCAUGGGCAAUGAACUUAAGUGAUAUCACGAGUGAAGGUGAUGAAUCAGAAGAUGCAAAAUCUCUCAAUAGUAUUGCGCUUCAAAACCCACUUUAUCCAGAGGAAGCAAAGAACUAUGAUUAUCUCAAGCAGAUAGUUAGUGUGAUGCCUCCUAACACUGAUAUGGAAGAAAUUGUCAAUGAGAGGGCAUAUGAACCUGAGGUGUCAAAUGAAGAAGAUUUUGACCAGUUUGGUGUGCAAUCUUCCCUACCAACUUCCAAGGAUUGGCUUCUUCAAUUAGAACUUGCUAAUGAUAUUGACUCAGCUUUAAACCCUUAUCUUGCCAUUCCUUACAAGAAGCAACUGGCGUUAAGCACUGUUAAGGACAUUGUGUUUUCAGAUGUUGAAAAGAGCAAAGAAAGCAAAAAUAAUUCACGUAAACCUCUCAAGGAUGAAAGCAACUUGAUAUCAGAAGUUUCGUCAACUGCUUACGAUAAUUCUGCUGUCACCAAACUAGUUCAAAAGUUGCUCGUGAGAAGCACUGUUUCCAAGCGAGAAAAUUCAUUCCCUCGCUUGCAACUCGACAAAUCCUUGGAUUUCCGUGCUAUAUCUUUCCUAAAUGGCCAUGACACAGAUUCGCAGCUUAUUGAGCUUGCAUCAAUCUUGUUUGAUGAGGUUGAUAUUUCAUCAAACUCUAAGUACCAAGCUGUUGAUCUUUCUAACAAAUCAAUUAAGCACCGACUCGAGACUCUUGAGCAACGCAACUCUUUCAUUAGCUGGCUCAAAAAAUACAAGCUUGGCUCUUCCUCGGAAUUUCAGGGCGACUCGCUCGACAUUAUUUACGAUACUAUUUGCCGAGGCAACCUCAAAUCUGCCGUUGAAUUAGCAAUUUCAUCACAUAACACGCAUUUGGCAGCAUUAUUGACACUUUUGGACUCGAAUGAUCAAGCUGUCAAAAAAAUUGCUCAAAGUCAAAUUGAGGACUGGAAGGUAACAGGUGCUAUCGAAUUUAUUCCAGCGCCAAUCAUCAAAAUUCAUAAAAUCCUAGCAGGUGCGUUCGAUGAAGUUUCUCAGGACAUUCCGUACCAUGUCGCUAUCGCUUUGAGGUUACUAUACGGCAACCCUGUUGCUAACCUACUGAGUGUCCUUUCAUCAGUGAACUGCGAGGAUAUUUCUGACGAUUUCACUACCAUUAUCGAUAUUUACUCUAAAUUCAACUACGAUGGGUUUAAAGAAGCAACUGCGCAAAUUGAAAAAUCUGAAUUGAGUGACAAGGUGAAAUGGCUUUCUUUGCAGGUAUUGUCUAAUAAGACGGGCAACCUUGACUCUUCUAGUAACGAUUCAGUUUCUAAUCUGUUUGCAAAAUCUUUAGAGGAGUCAGGACUUUGGAAGGAGGCAAUCUUCGUGUACUCCUCAGUUCACGACGAUAGUUCUGUUGAGCAGCUGAUUCGAAGAGUUGUUAUUUCUAAUAUCAACGAAAUUAAGAACGAUGAAAGAGAUAACGAGGAAUUUUCCGUCAGUGUGCUUGGCGUUCCUAGAAGCUUGAUACAUGAGGCAAUUGCUAUUGAGAAGUCGAAGAACGGAGAUUAUUGGGGUCAGGUGGAGGCUUUGGUCGAGGCACAACUCUGGGAAAAAGCACAUGUUGUUAUUUGCAAGGAGCUCGGUCCAGAAACUGUCAUUAGCAACAGUGAGCUGGGAAAGAGCAGAUUGCAAGCACUUGCUGAUAUGUUUCCUGAGAAGGGGGCCAUUAUUCCCGAGUGGAAUCAAGGGGCAGGCUUGUAUGUCAAAUACUUUGAAUCCAUUGAUGCAUUCGAACGCCAUAGUGACAUCGCUACAGAUGACUUGAACUUUCUACUUUGCAAUUUGGCGCUUGUUCAGGUUGAUUCUUUCAUGAGUCAAGUUGCCUUGAAGAUCAUGACAAAGAAAGUCGGUGAUGUGACACUUGACCACAAGCAGCAGGUUCCUGACGUCAAGCGUAAGAUCCAUGCCCUCAUUAUGGGAGAGAACGAGAGAAAUUAUUUUGAAAGCCGGUUACAAGGUUUGAACAUCAGAUAG